AUGAGGUGGCUCCUGGGCAGCAGCUGGAGGAAAUUUGGACACGCUGACAGGGGGAACUACGACUGGCUGAACACUGAACCAGGUGGGCCACUUCUGGAAACAGAGCUCCAGAGUAGACAACAGAUAAGUUCAACCAAAGACGACAUAGAGCCAUUUCUGUGCAUCAUUUUGCCUGCCACCAUGAUGCUCUUCCUGGCAUUCCUGCUGCUCUUCCUGUACCGCCGCUGCCAGCGCCCCGUCCCACAAGGGCAGAUCUUCAGCAUUGACCUGCCUGAGGCCCUGCCUGAGCACGAUGUGUCCAAUUUCCUUUCUGUGCUGCCCUGGAACAGCGAGCAGAGUUUUCACUACUCCACUCUCCUCCCGGACGCCACAUUCCUGUCCAUGUGCUUGCCUCCAUCCUACGAGGAGGCCACGACAAAGACUGCCCUGGAUGAAGCUCACAUUGAGCUCUCUCCAGAUCCAGUGCCUCCUUAUGAAGAGAGCACACUGCCAUCCAACAGCAUCAAAUAA